GCUGUGUGUCUUGGGGAAGUUUCUUCCCCCUUCUGUGCCUCAGUGCCAACCCCCUAACCUGAGGGGCUCACUGCAUGGGGCCUCGGAGGCUCUGCCACUUGUCCGACAAAGCGAGAUCCCUCCCUGGCGCCCUGGCUCUCCCCUCCUCUCCCGCCACAGGAAUACGUGCCAGGCCUGGGAUGUCCUUGAGGCCGGCAGGCCAGAUGGGGAGCUGGCAGCCCCUUCCCCUCUGGGGGCUGAGGCUCCUUUAAUUUGCAUACCUUAAAAGGUUUGCUGGAGCGAGGGGCUGGGUUCUUAUCUCCUGUGCUCUGGAGGGGCCUUAUUUAUAGCCCAGCUGGCCAGCAGCUGCUUGCACGUUGGGGUGAACCCACAGGGCGGUUGACCUCCGGCUGCUGUCCCCCCUGGUUGGGCUGGAAGGCAGAAAGCAGACAGCGGGACAAAGACCCGGCCUUCCCCAUUCUUCCUGCCAUCGGCCGGCUCACUUGGUGGCAGAGGGGCCGCGGGGGCCGCGGAGAGACGCCCCUCUCCGCAACCCCCGUCCUCGGCGCGCCUCCCGCUCCUCCGGACCCGGUGGCAGAAAUCUGGUGCCAGGAUGACCGAGCGCUUCGACUGCCACCACUGCGAGGACUCCCUCUUCGGCAGGAAGUACGUCCUGCGGGAGGAGCGGCCCUACUGCGUGGCCUGCUUCGAGGCCCUCUUCGCCAGCACGUGCGAGGAGUGCGGGAAGCUGAUCGGCUGCGACUGCAAGGACUUGUCCUACAAGGACCGGCACUGGCACGAGGCCUGUUUCCGCUGCUCGCGGUGCAGGGGGUCCCUUGUGGACAAGCCGUUCGCUGCCAAGGAGGACCAGCUGCUCUGCACCGACUGCUACUCGCAGGAGUACUCGUCCCGCUGCCAGGAGUGCAAGAAGAGCAUCAUGCCAGGCACCCGUAAGAUGGAAUACAAGGGUAGCAGCUGGCACGAGACCUGCUUCAUCUGCCAUCGCUGCCAGCAGCCCAUCGGAACCAAGAGCUUCAUCCCGAAGGACGGCCAGAACUUCUGCGUUCCCUGCUACGAAAGGCAGUAUGCUUUGCAGUGCGUUCAGUGCAAAAAGCCCAUCACCAGCGGGGGCGUCACGUACCGGGAGCAGCCCUGGCACCGCGAGUGCUUCGUGUGCACCGCCUGCAAGAAGCCGCUGUCGGGCCAGCGCUUCACGUCCCGCGACGAGUUCGCCUACUGCCUGGGCUGCUUCUGCGACCUGUACGCCAAGAAGUGCGCCGGCUGCGCCAGCCCCAUCAGCGGACUGGGCGGCACCAAGUACAUCUCCUUCGAGGAGCGGCAAUGGCACAACGACUGCUUUAACUGCAAGAAGUGCUCGCUGUCGCUGGUGGGGCGAGGCUUCCUCACGGAGAGGGACGACAUCCUGUGCCCCGACUGCGGGAAGGACAUCUGAGCCGCUCCCCGACCCCCUGCAGCCCCCCAAGCCCCUGCUUGCGCUGCACCUGGCUGCACCAGCCACCUGGGGACUCGCCUCCGCGCUGCUCAGCGGCAC